UGAAUAUUUUCAUCCUGGUACAAGUUCAAAGCUGAGAACAUUGUGUUCCUGAAUGCGGAUCGUGAUGCUGCAAUUUUUCAGUGGAAUUGAGAUGUGACAAGAAAUGGAGCAACAGCAAACUAUAGAAGUCAACAGCAAUGAAGUAAAGGAAAUUGACAACAGGCAUGGAGAAGUACAUCUUAAGCGGACAAUUGGGUAUUUCAGUGGAGUUAAUUUUAUAACAGGUACAAUUAUAGGAUCUGGAAUCUUUGUUUCUCCGGGAGGGGUCCUGAGAUAUUCCCAGUUGAAUGUUGGAGUGGCAUUAAUGAUAUGGUUGGGGUGUGGAAUCCUCUCCACACUGGGUGCCCUGUGUUAUGCUGAAUUAGGGGCAGCAUUGCCUUCAUCUGGAGGGGAAUAUUUUUAUUUGAAGAGAGCGUUAGGCUCUAUUCCUGCUUAUCUUUCUGCUUGGACAAUGGUCAUCUUUACCAGACCAGCAACUUCUGCCGCCAAAGCCUUGACCUUUGCUGAAUAUGUUGUCCAACCUUUCUAUUCUGGCUGUCCACCUCCUGAACAAGUCAAGAAGACUCUGGCAGCAACUACAAUCCUGGUCCUGGGUAUCUUGAACUGCCUGAGUGUAAGGUGGGCCACGAGGGUACAGAACAUAUUCACAGUGUUAAAAAUACUGGCACUGACUAUCAUCAGCCUUGCAGGAGUAGUUCUUAUUGCAAUGGGAAGAACAGAGAACCUGACCAACGCUUUCAGUGGAGACAUUCCCAGUGUGUCUCAGAUUGGAGAAGCCUUUUAUCAAGGACUCUGGGCCUAUGGAGGCUGGAAUACAGUCAAUUAUCUUUCAGAGGAGCUGAAAAGUCCAGCCAAGAAUAUUCCACGCUGCAUAUUAACAUCCGUGCCCAGUGUAUCUGUGUUUUAUGUGCUGGUGAAUCUCUCCUACCUCACUGUACUGACACCAACGGAAAUUGUCUCUUCAGGUGCUGUGGCAGUCACAUGGGCUGACAGAGUGAUUCUAGCCUUUUCCUGGAUUAUUCCUCUGUCUGUCGCCAUCUCAACCUUUGGAUCGAUCAACAGCACCGUAUUCGUACAAGGCCGGUUGAACUUUGCUGUUAGCAGAGAAGGGCAUCUGCCGAUUAUUCUGUCAAUGUUACAUACUCAGCGAUUAACGCCAGUACCAGCCAUAAUCUUGAGUACCAUCCUAUCAAUUAUAUUUAUCAUCCCAACUACAUUAUUAAUGCUGACAAAUUAUUCUGGCUUUAUCUCGUGGCUCCUCAUUGGACUUACCUGUGUCAGUCUAAUCGUGCUUAGAUUCAAAGAGCCCCAUCUACUUAGACCUUAUAAGGUAUUCUUACCAGUUCCCUUUCUGAUGGUCGCAGCCAGUGUGGUGUUUGUUGUGUCUCCGCUGGUGCAAUCUCCCAGGAUUGAAUAUAUCUAUGUGCUGAUCUUUAUAAUAGGAGGUCUUGUCUUCUACUUCCCAUUUGUACAUUUCAAAUUACAUUUUAAAUGCUUUGACACAAUCACAUGUUUUUUACAGCUCUUUUUGGAAGCCUCUCCCCCUGAUGUGCUCAAAGACAUGAAGACCCAAUAAUAUCUUGUCCCUGUAAACUGUACUCGGUCAUUUUAAAAGCUGAUAUCAACAUGUCGCUUGUGAAAAUGUAAACUGCUAUCCUCUUACAAGUGUUACUGUGCAACAUUACUUUGUCGAAGACUUUAUGCUUCCAUGGUCUCAUUGACUCCUUUCUCUUUCUGGUUCAUGUUGCUAUGACUUUCUCCACGUCAAGAUUCAAUGGGAAUUCAAGACUCCCAGUAACUGAGGCUAAACACGAGUAACAUAUUGUGGUAUUGAGCUAUUCAUUCUUUACUUUAUACUUUAUUCAGUCUAUGAGUAAGUAAAACUCAAAGAUUUUGAUUAAAUAAACAACCAGUAGAGGAAU